AAUAAGCGGCUAAUGCACAUCCUUUUUAUAACUAGAAUGGACUCUUUUAACUUGAGGUCAAAUUAAGCCGGAACAACCAACCAAUAACAAUCCCCACAAAUUUAUUGUAAAGACAAUGUCUACGCAAGUGCUUAGCAAUUUCCUUUGUGUCCUUGAAAAUACUCCCACACACUCAAACGCACGAGCAAAGAAACUUGCUCUCAACUUCUCCUGCCCUCGUAUGCUGCAAAAAAUACUUUUCCAUCACCCCACAUCUUCCUUUCACGAAAAGCAAAGAGUGGAUGGUCUUGAAGGGAGUUCAGUGCAGUGUUUUUAUGAACACUGCAAACUUGUCAGGCAAGAAAUCAUCAUUCUGUGAGGGAAAUGGAGAUCUUCUCGCUUCAGUUACAAAUUCAUUCUUCAUUAAAGGAGCUUUCAAGAUUCAAGAAUUUCAUUUCUGAAAGCAGUUGUAAGCAUAUGAGUGAUGAUGGAUACAUAUUCAGAAAUGAAAUUUUGCAGGAUUUCUUCAGUGACUUUCAGAAGCUGUGCCUCAAGGCAGAUGCAAGGACAGGAAAGGAGAAACAGCUGAAUCAAUGCAAUUUGGAAGUGAAUAGUUCAAGUGGUAUAAAACUGUUGACAGAUUCAAUGGCUUCAGCUGCAAAGAAAAUUGUGAGUAGUUCAAGAGGUAAGCUUUCCAUCAGUUCUUGCAAGGGGAAGGGAGUGCUGCAGGCUGGUGUAGUUGAGCAGCUUAACCACCGAUUGAAGAUCCUUGAAGAAGAAACUGAAACUAUGAAGAAAGACAUCUUUGGGGCUCUGGAAGAAAGGAGAAACCUAGUGAAUGAGAUAAUUGAGCAGUUUCAGAUCCUACAGCAUCACCUCUGCCUUCAAAAUCAAGUAAUAGGAGAAACAUCCUGUGAUGAAACAUCCUGUGAUGAUACUAUGAUCUCGAACUCUCCAAAGGGUGGAAGAAUGGAGACUGGUCUAUCAGAAAUCGUUUGCCAAGAACCAAAUUUGUCUCUUGUUACCAGAGAUCUUAGAGCUAACAUGUUAGCAUUCCAAGAACCAGCUUAAGUAAUGCAUGUGCUCUCGGAUCAGAUAUGGAUGAUUCCUUUCAUUUGAAAUUUAGAGGAAGUUGUCAGAUUCCUUUCUCAGACAACAUUACUGUAUUUUUUGUUCUUGAGUCCACAAUAACUUUCAGUGUGAUGAUUUACUUUUUCUGGGAAGAAUAUAUACUAAAGAAUCAACUUUCUAGUGCCAUAUGCACAUCCAUUGGAGAAUUACAUAAUAAUUUAUA